AUGGAGCAACAAUUAAUUGCCAAUCUUGUUCAUGACAACCUUAUUAGUAUCAAGGAUAAUAGUUGCUAUGAGUAAGAAGAUGAAAUGGAUUCGUGUUCUAUUAAAAAUUCCGACUAAUAUAAAAAACCUUCUCGAAAGUUAACUAUCAAAAAUUUAAAAAGCCAGACAAUAAAUGGUGACAUCGAAAUUGACAACAAUCUCUUCUAAAAUUAUAAUAAUAAAAAUUAGGAUCUUGAUAAAAGCUUAUAAUAUACACUUAAAACUAACAACCUCAUAAAAAACAUAUUAAAAAAAUUUUACAAGUUUCUAAUUGAUAAAAAAAAUAUUUAGCUAGUGUCUGAGUUUAUUAUUGAGAAACCUGCACCUUAUUCAGUCAAGCUCAUAAAGAGAUACUUUGAGAGGGUGAAUUAUAACAAUUUUUGUCUUAUCAAGAUAAUCAAGCACUAAAACUAUGGUAAAGGCUUUGAGUACUUCUUAACAUUUGAUGCAAUUGAUGAACUCUACAAAAGUAAAGUAAAGAACAUCUAGGAGCACAUAGAUUGUAUUUCAUAUUUAAAAGAAUGCUGUGCUAAUCAAGAACAAAUCAAUGAAAUAAAUUUUUAUAGAAAAAAUAAAUCUUUCUAAAUGUGA